AUGGACGUUUCAAUGAUACAAUCACCGUCAAAACGACAAAAAGAGUUGCAAAAACUAGCAGUUUCGGUGGAAGAUGCGCGAAACUAUAAGGACAUUUUCGAUCUAUUGAAAGAGCAAAGACAGAGUCGAAAAAUCGAUGUUGUGCUGUUCGAAAAGUUGGAGGAUCUGCAAGGCGAUUGGGCGGAUUUGACGUUUUUCUGCGGCGAAUUUCAUUCACCAUUGUAUAAUCGAUUGACAAAAGCCGGUGAAAAUGGUGCGGAAAAAGAGAAUGGCGAGAAAAAUGCGAAUUUGAUUGUUGGACCGGCUGUUUUGAGACACAGAUUGCAGACAAAUCAGGUCUGGAAAUUUCUCGCGCAGCUUCAAGUUUUGAGUAGAAAUUUUUGGUUUUAAUGCUAUUCUUAGGAUAGUUUGGGCUAAAACAUUUCAAAUGAUAUAAAUUUUCAUGACUUUACCUUAACCAUUAGUGAUUUAGCGCCUAAAAAUCGCUAAUUAACUUAGGGUUAACUUCUAGCACAGAAUUUUGCGCUGAAACUCAUGAAUUUCAGUGUUUUUCAGCAUUUCCACGAGUUUCAGCGCAACAUUUUGCCCCAGAAAUCGAAAAAGGUACCCUUCCCCUAUAAUGCCAGGGGGGGGGGGUACCUUUUUCACAAUUGAAGGUUUCUGGGGCAAAAUGUUGCGCUGAAACUCGUGGAAAUGCUGAAAAACACUGAAAUUCAUGAUUCUCAGCGCAAAAUUCUGUGCUAGAAGUUAACCCUAAGUUAUUUAGCGAUUUUUAGGCGACGCUAAACAACUUAGGGUUAAGGUAAAGUCAUAAAAAUUUAUAUCAUUUGAAUUGUUUUAGUCCUGUCUAUCCUAAGAAUAGCAUUAAAACCAAAAAUUUCCACUCAAAAUCAUGCAGACUAGAGAAUAUGCUGAGCGGAAGCUCGCGGAACGUUUCCGCGUGAAAAAACCUCCCAAUUUUGCAGGAAAUGAUGAGUUUACGACCGUGCCGCCCGUUAUAUUGCGAACUGAUGAAGAAUGUGACAAUGAAAUUGUCGUCGGAAGUCACGGCGAAACGCGAAUUGGUCGAAAUGGUCCAUUUUAUGGGUGGAAGUGUCAGAAAAGAUGUGCGUAAUCGAAAAAUUUGAAAAAAUUGUGCUUAUUAGCAGCCGAAAUGUACUUUUGUACUAGUAGAAUACAAUUUUCAUGGAUUUUGCUCGGAAUUUUGGGCUGCAGCUUAAUUUUCAAGUUUUUUUUCGCUCCAAUUUGGUCUAGAGACGAAAAUUCCUGAUUUUUGCCGCCAAAAAUCCGAUUUUUCGCUGCGAGACCCUAGAAAAAAGGGUUUUUAGCCACAAAAUUUGCCACGUGGAGUUUUUAAGGGCGCAUGGCUCUCAAAACGGAAAAUGCUCAUCUUGCCGCCAAAAAUCUGAUUUUUCGCUUCGAGACCCAUGUACCUUUGAAAAAAUCCACGUGGCAUCGAACUUUAAAGGAACAUAGCUCAAAUUUUCCAUCUGAAACUCAAAAAUAACGGUUUUCGACGGUUUUUCACAGGAAAAUCGCUCAAAUCUCUGAAUUUGAUGAAUAAAUCGUUGCGAGACCUCAAAAACCUUUAAAAAUCUAAAAAUUACCUUAAAAAGACCCUAAAGACCUUAGGAAUCCUCAUUUUCACCCGAAAAUCUCUAAAUUUGAUCCAAAAAUCGUUGCGAGACCUAAAAAUUGAAGUUUAAAGGUUCAGUGACCGUAUUUUUCAACCUAGGACCAAAAAAAUCGUUGCGGGACUCUAAAAUUGAAGUUUAAAGGAGCAGACACCGUAUUUUUCCACCUUGGACCUCAAAAUUACCUUAAAAAGACCCUAAAGACCUCAGGAAUCUUCUUUUUCACGUUAAAAUUCAAAUUUUUAUUCGAAAAAUCGUUACGGGACCCUAAAAUUGAAGUUUAAAGGAGCAGACACCGUAUUUUUCCACCUUGGACCUAAAAAUUACCUUAAAAAGACCCUAAUAACCUUAGGAAUCUUGAUUUUCACGUGAAAAUUCGAAAUUUUAUCCAAAAAUCGUUGCGGGAUCCUAAAAUUGAAGUUUAACGGCGCAGAUACCGUAUUUUUCAACCUAUGACCUUAAAAACCUUGAAAAAUAUGAAAAUUACCUUAAAAAGACCCUAAAGACCUUAGGAAUCUUGAUUUUCACCCAAAAGUUCAAAUUUUGAUCCGAAAAAUCGUCUAGAACCUUUAGAAAUCCCAUUGUCACCCGAAAAUUCCCAAAUUUUCACCAAAAAACCCCCAUUUUCCUCUAAAAAUUCACAUUUUCACCCAAAAAUUCCCCAAAUUUUCAGACAAUCCAACGAACCAACGUGCUGAUAGCCGGAAAAGCUGCCGGAAAAUUCUCGACCUUCAUCGAUAUUCCAAUUUUGCGAUCAGGUUGGGUUCACGAAUGCUGGAAACACCGUGACAAUCCAUAUUAUGACGUGUUCGACACAAAACUGCUAGCCAAAUACAAAUUGCGAGUUUUCGAAGGACUUUGCCUAUAUUUUCACGGUUUCAAAAAACAAGACAUUGAUGAUAUGGUGAAAAGUCUCAAAGAUUCGGAAGGAAUUGUGGCGGAUCGCAUUGAACAAGCCACACACGUUGUCUAUAAUUCGAGCUAUGAGGAGAACGCGGAAAGCGGAAGCGGAAGCGGAGAGGAACCGCAACGAUUUUUGCCGAAUAUACCCAAUCAAAUGCAUGUGACACAAGAGUGGUAUUGGGUUAGCUUGCAUCGUGGAAGUUGUGCGUUUGAGGAGAAUUUUGCGUUGCCCACAAAGACUUUGCGACGAAAAGUGAGCAUUUUUGACUGAAAAUGAGCCAAAAUUCGAGAUUUUUGGCUGAAAAUAAGCUGGAAAUCAUGAAAAUUGGCCAAAAAUGACCCCAGGAGCCGAAUUUUCAGAAAAAAAUCCACCUAGAAAUUCAAAUUUAUCACAAAAACACCAUAUUGUCAAUGGAGCGCGCUUGCUCGUUUUUUAGUGAAAAAUUUGAUUUUCCGCGGUUUUGGGGUGAUUUUUCACUGAAAAACGUGAUUUUGGCCUAAUUUUGAGCUGAAAAAUUGAUUUUUCAGUCAAAAAGUGACUAUUCUAGCUGAAAAUCAUGAAAAUUUGCCAAAAAUGAUCCUAGUAACCACAUUUUCCCCCAAAAAUUGAACCUAGAAAUUCAAAUUUAUCACAGAAACACCAUAUUGUCAAUGGAGCGCGCUUGCUCGUUUUUUAGUGAAAAAUUUGAUUUUCCGCGGUUUUGGGGUGAUUUUUCACUGAAAAACGUGAUUUUGGCCUAAUUUUGAACUAAAAAAUUGAUUUUUCAGUCAAACUUCGACUAUUUCAGCUGAAAAUCACGAAAAUUGGCCAAAAAUGAUCCUAUUAACCACAUUUUCCCCCAAAAAUUGAAUCUAGAAAUUCAAAUUUAUCACAGAAACACAAUAUUGACAAUGGAGCGCAUUUGCUUGUUUUAGACCUGAAUUUUGAGAUUUUUGGCUGAAAACAAGCUGGAAAUCAUGAAAAUUGGCCAAAAAUGAUCCCAGGAACCAAAUUUUCACAAAAAUCCACCUAGGAAAUUCAAAUUUAUCACAAAAACACCGUAUUGUCAAUGGAGCGCACUUGCUCAUUCUAGAGCUAAGAUUCGAGAUUUUUGAGUCAAAAGUAGGUCUAGAAGUAGGAUUUUUGGCUGAAAGUGGUUAUUUCAUAAAUUUUCAAGUUGAAAUUUAGUUCUAGAGCUUGAAAUUUAAAUUUUUCAUGAAAAAUCAGGCAUUGCUCAUUUUAAAAUUGUUUUCUAAAUUUAAUAUUCCCACGUGUUGACCUCAAAAAUUCAAAUUUUUUCCAAAAAUCGAAAAAAACUCCAUUUUUCAGUUUGCACAAGAGGACAAAGAGAUCAAUUCGGCCUCAACUCCGCUCUCAAAUCGAAAUUCAACAAAUACGGCCAAUCCGAGAAGUGGACUAUCGAAAAGUGUUUCAUCGAUGAGAGAUUGUAGCGGUGAAGGACCGUCGUUGAAUGGUGCGUGCAUUUUUGGCUGAAAAUGAGCUGAAAUUCGGGAUUUUUGGCUGAAAAUGACCUAGAAAUCAUGAAAAUCGGUUGAAAAUGACCUUAGAACCCGGAUUUUCACGAAAAAUAGGCCUGGAAAAUUUGAAAAAUCACUGAAAAACAUCAUAUUGUCAAUGGAGCGCACUUGCUCGUUUCAAACCAAAAUGUUUGAUUUUUCAGGGUUCUGGGGUUGUUUUUCAGCCAAAAUUCGAGAUUUUUGACUGAAAAUCAUGAAAAUUGGCUGAAAAUGACCCCAGGAACCAAAUUUUCACAAAAAUUGAACCAGGAAAUUCAAAUUUAUCACAAAAACACCAUAUUGUCAAUGGAGCGCACUUGCCUAAUUUUGACUGAAAAUUUCAUUUUUCCGGGGUUCUGGGGUUGUUUUUGACUGAAAAUGAGCUGAAAAUCAUGAAAAUUGGUCAAAAAUGACCCCAGGAGCUGAAUUUUCACGAAAAACAUGCCUAGAAAAUUCGAAAAAAUCUUAUAAAAUUACCAUGUGGUCAAUAGAGCGCAUUUGCUCAUUUUCUACUCAAAAAUUUGAUUUUUCGCAUUUUCUAGAUGUAUUUAGGUCUGAAAUUUCAUGAGGAAUCCAAAUUUUGAGCUAAAAAUCUGAAAUUCUGGCCAAAAAAUGCUGAAAUUAUCGAUUUUUCAGCCACACCUGACUACAUCUACUCAAAUGACGAUAUGGAAAAAGUUUGCAAAUCGCCACGUGUCGUCUCAAAACGCCUUCAAGUUUGUAUGGAAAUGGUCGAAACCGAGACGAAUUAUGUGAAUCAAAUGAAAUUGAUUGUAAAAUUGAAGAACUCGUUGGAGCAGGAAAUUGCGCAAAACGAAUUUAUGAAAAAAUCCGAUGUGGCCAUGAUUUUUGGAAAAUUGGAGCCGAUUUUGGAGGUGAUUUUGAGCAUUUUGAUAUCCCGCAUGGUUUUGGGGGCGUGGCCUAAUUUUUAAUGGAAAAUUUGCGUCAUUUUGAGACCCCGCAUGAUUUUGCGGGCGUGGCCUAAUUUUUCCGCAUUUUUUGAUACCAAACUUGCUUAAGGCACGGUUUUGGGGGCGUGGCCUAAUUUUUCCACGUUUUUUGAUACCAAAAUUGCAUAGAGCAUGGUUUUGGGGGCGUGGCUUAGUCUCUAAUUGAAGCCACGCCCACAAAACUGUGCCCCAACCAUAUUUUAUAUCAAAAAUCUCCAAAUUUUCUCCGAAAAUUGAAUUUUUGGGUCUCGCCACGCCUACAGUACCCCUUAAAUAUUUUGUUUCCAGGUCCAUCAAAAAAUCCUCAACAAUCUCAACACUUUGCUCAACGAGGCCACCUCGAUUUUAUCCACGUGUCAGGGCAAAAAAACGGAUGACAAGAAUUUGGAUUUUGCGGCGGUAAGGCUGAAAAUGGCUGAAAAUUUGGAAUUUUGAGUGCAAAAUUGGGAUUUUUGGCUGAAAAUUGGCCUGAAAACGUGGAUUUUCAGCCUGGAAAAGCCUUUAGCUCAAUUUUCAUAAUUUUCAACGAAUUUUGCACCAAAACGAGCCAAAUUUCAAGAUUUUUCGAUUCUGGGUGUAAAGUUCCUAAGCCAAUGUAAUGUAUUUGAGAUACUCUGAUCUCUUAUGUUUUGUAUAACAAGAUGCAGUUAUUACUGUAGACAAGACUAGACAGUAAAGUCUUUAUUAUGAAAGAAAGAAUAAGAAUUAGUUUCAGUUCCGUAGAACCUCUUGGCUCUUCUCAACUCACUAGAACUCUAGUCGGUCUUCUUUUAUACACAGGCAUAAUAGAUGGCACAAAUAGAUAACCCAAAUGACGUUGCACGUUCACGUGUAUAUCAUAAUCAUUUCUAUACACAACACCUUCCCCGUAUACAAUUGACGAGAUAUUUGUUGUCUCUUCGUCCAGAUCACGAGUCACAGAUGUUUCAUGCAUCAGGCAAUGAUAAACAUUAGCCAUCAACCAAAUUGAUCCACGAUCAAUAAUCCCGAAUCCUAUUGACAAGAUAUUCGACUGUAAGGUCCACUUACAGCUCCUGGUCUUCACUGUAAUGUUCCUAUUACAGCUUCUGAUCCAUUGUAUCCUGAUCUCCAACAUCCUGAUUCUAGCCCGCCAAAACCAUUUGUUGUUUUUGUAUAGUUCGACGAACCAUUCCACCAUAAUUUCAUAGUGUCUGAUAUUAUCGAAAAUUCAAUCGGUACCACGCGCCCCAUUGAACAAAACACGCGCCGCGCGACCGCGUCGCGUUACAAAAAAGGAGGGAAUUUGAAUUCAUUUGUUUUUUAUUGUUUUUAUUUUCAAUAAAAAGUUUUUUUUCGAGUUAUACUUCCAAAUCAGCAUUAAAAAUGUUCGACUGGUUUAGAAAUCGCGAGGAAAUGGGUAAGAAAUAUUGAAUUGAUGAAUAAUUGUUAUUUUUCGUGCACAUAAACAAUUUUUGGGAGUUUUUAGAGCCGCCCAACAAUCCUCCGAAUAGAAAUGAUUUUUCCAAUCAAACUCUACGAAACACUCGGGUUAAAAAAACACAAACUGACAGUCUGCUCAACCCUACACAAAGUAUUGGUAUCCAAGUAAAACCAGAAGUAAAAGACGUUUCGACUCAAUACGACUUGCGGGAUUUUCAAACAGAGGACGAGCGUGUAUGUUUUCAUCAAUAUAGUUCGGGUAGUCUGGAAAAAUUCAUGAAAAAACUUUUCUUUUUCAAAAUGUUGACAAAAUUUACAAAAAAAAUCAGAAAAUAUAGAGAAAAAAGUGAGAACUUCAUUUAUUUGUAGAAUAUGAAAAAGUGGAAAGAUUUGGGAGAAUCGAUGUUUGCCUGCAGUCUCAACAUAUUCAAAAAACAUUCCGAUCUUUUGAGAUUACCUAUAGAGAGACGAGCAGAAAACAUUUUAAUUACAAUUCGCGAAAACUUGAGGAUUUUGAAAGAAGCUCUCGGAAAAUCAGCUCGAUCAUCGAUAUUCGAUAACUUCAAUUUGUUGGCAGCAACUUUGAGUGGAGUAUCUGUAAAAACAAUGACAACUUUGCCAAAAUUCGAAGAAGUUCCUCUUCCGUCCCCAAAACAUAUUGUGAAAACCAAAAGGCAAAAACAGAGGGAGGCCGCUGCAAAAACUAGUGAAAGUGUUAAAAGAGAAAUUGCCACAUUUCUUCAAGAAUCCUGGAAAAAUCAAACUCGUGUAACAUUAGGAAUUGUGUUGGAUCAUAUUCAUAAAAAAACUGAUUUUAGAUAUGGAAAAUAUGUUCUUGGAUAUGUUUUAGGCGGAAUGGGUUACGUGUUCAAAAAAAAACAGAGAAACACAAUAAUUGAAGAACGACCAGAUAUUAUCCAAUGGAGGAAAAACUUUUUGAUAGAAAUUGAAAAGAUUCGAGAUAAAGAUGGAUAUUUGGUUUAUGCUGAUGAAACUUGGGGAUUUAAUGCAAUGGUUGAAAUUUAUGCUUGGCAAUUUGGGCAUGGUGACAUGUAUCAAAAGGCGAGAAUGGCUGAUUUAGAUGCGCCGAUUCAAGGGCCACCAAAAGGAAAGGAAAGAGGAAAACGCUGUAUUGUUCUUGGACUUCUGACCGAAGAUGGUAUUCUUCCGGGAUCUGAAGAAAUCAUAAUAUCUGGAAAUAAAGUACAAUCUGAAGACUAUCAUCAAGAUAUGGAUAGCGCAAAACUAGAACAAUAUAUGCAUAGAGUGAUUCCUUUGGUGGCAGCUGCUGCGGCUGCUAAAAAUAGAGAGGCGUAUCUUGUGGCAGAUAACGCUCCAUAUCACAAUAGAAUGAGAGAAAAGGUGAUUAGAAAACUAUUAUAUGCAUACUAACUCCCAAAAAUUCAAGAAUUCAUAAAAAAUUAACAACUUUUAAUAUUUAGCCACCAAUCAGCUCGAACACCGUUGGCGAGAUCAAAGAUUUUUUGAACAAGUGGAACGUUGACUUUGAUUCAUCUUUGAAAAAACCUGAACUUUUGGAAUUGAGCAGAAAAUUUGUUAGGGAAAAUGGAGGUAGACAGAGAUUUAUUGUGUAUGAAUUAGAUUUUUGGGCAUGGGAGAUGCACAAGGUUCGAAUUAUAAGAACCCCUCCAUACCACUGUUUUCUCAACGCUAUCGAAUUAUUCUGGAGCCAAUUGAAGGGAAAUGCUCGAUCAUUAGGAACUUUGGAGUGCACAGUGGAAACGGUAAUUAUCUUUUGAAAAAAAAAACAACUGAAACAAUUGUGAUUUGACAGGUGCGUCUUCGAAUGCUGGAUUUCAUGAAGAAAUUCACACCAGAACAAAGUCAAAAACUGUUUAACAAGGUAAAAAGAGAAGAAGAUGAUCUGAGAGCACUUAUUGAGAAGAAAAAACAAAAGGAUUUGUUAGAUAUGCCUACUUUAGAAAUGGAUUCUGACGGUGAAUUGCCAGAUGCGUUUUUUGAUUCAGAUGAAGAUGAAGAUGAUGAUAUGGAUGAUAUGCCAGUACUUGAUAGAUCAUAG